AUGGCUGCUUGGCCCGAGUUGGAAAAUGCCCAGCCUACCUCGGAGAAAUACACUGUAAAGCCCGAUGGUGAGCAGUCUGCCAAGCCUGAGAAAGGCAAGGAGACUGAAAAAGAUGACACCGGUGCCCCUAUCACCAAGAUAGAACUUGUGCCGUCUCAUUCCACUGCGGCACUGAUCGAGGAGCCCACCGAGGUGGAAGACCCCUGGGACCUGCCCGAGCUUCAGGACACGGGGAUCAAGUGGUCAGAGAGAGACACCAAAGGGAAGAUUCUCUGUGUCUUCCAAGGGAUUGGGAAAUUUAUUUUACUUCUGGUGUUUCUCUACUUCUUCGUGUGCUCCUUGGAUGUCCUGAGCAGCGCCUUCCAGCUGGCUGGAGGAAAGGUAGCUGGGAAAUUCUUCAACAACAACUCCAUCAUGUCCAACCCCUUGGCGGGGAUGGUGAUUGGGGUGCUGGUGACGGUCCUGGUGCAGAGUUCCAGCACCUCCACGUCCAUCGUCGUCAGCAUGGUGGCCUCCUCAUUGCUGCCCGUGCGUGCUGCCAUCCCCAUUGUUAUGGGGGCCAACAUUGGGACUUCAAUUACCAACACCCUCGUGGCGCUCAUGCAGGCAGGAGACCGGAAAGAGUUCAGAAGGGCCUUUGCGGGGGCCACCGUCCAUGACUUCUUCAACUGGCUCUCCGUGCUGGUGCUCCUGCCUCUGGAGGCCGCCACCGGUUACCUGGAGCGCCUGACCAACUUUGUAGUGGAGAGCUUCCACUUCAAGAAUGGAGAGGAAGCCCCAGAACUUCUGAAAGUUAUCACAGAUCCCUUCACAAAGCUCAUUAUCCAGCUGGAUAAAAGUAUUUUCAACCAAAUUGCAAUGAAUGAUGAGUCGGUCCAAAACAAAAGUUUGAUCAAGAUUUGGUGCAAAACUUUUACCAAUGUGACUGAGAGAAAUGUCACCGUCCCCUCGCCUGAGAACUGCACCUCCCCUUCCCUCUGUUGGACGGAUGGUUUGCACACCUGGACCGUCAGGAACGUGACCUACAAGGAGAACAUUGCCAAGUGCCAGCACAUCUUUGUGAAUUUGAACCUCUCAGAUGCUAUUGUCGGUACCAUCCUGCUGGUAACCUCCCUGCUGAUCCUCUGUACCUGCCUGAUCCUAAUCGUCAAGCUCUUGGGCUCUGUGCUCAGGGGGCAGGUGGCUACUGUCAUCAAGACAAUCAACACUGAUUUCCCUUACCCCUUUGGCUGGGUGACUGGCUACCUGGCCAUCCUUGUGGGGGCAGGCAUGACCUUCAUCGUUCAGAGCAGUUCUGUGUUCACGUCUGCUAUGACCCCACUGAUCGGCAUCGGUGUGAUAUCCGUUGAAAGAGCAUAUCCACUAACGCUAGGUGCCAACAUCGGCACCACCACCACCGCCAUCUUGGCCGCCUUAGCCAGCCCGGGCAAUACUUUGAAGAGCUCACUCCAGAUUGCCCUGUGCCACUUUUUCUUCAACAUCUCAGGCAUCAUUCUGUGGUACCCAAUCCCGUUCACUCGCCUGCCCAUCUAUUUGGCCAAAGGGCUGGGCAACACCUCAGCUAAGUACCGCUGGUUCGCCAUCGUCUACUUGGUGUUCUUCUUCUUCCUGAUCCCUCUGGCGGUGUUUGGCCUCUCCCUGAUUGGCUGGCCAGUGCUGGUGGGCGUGGCUUCGCCCUUUGUCCUUGUGAUCUUACUGGUGGUGGUCCUCAAGAUCCUGCAGUCCUUCUGCCCCGGCGCCUUGCCCCAGAAGCUCCGAAGCUGGGCCUUCCUGCCCGUGUGGCUGCGCUCCCUGGAGCCCUGGGACAAGCUCAUCACCUCCCUCACCAGCUGCUUCCAGACGUGGUGCUGCUGCUGCUGCCGCGCCUGCUGUGGGCUGUGUGGCUGCUCCAAGUGCUGCCGUUGCAGCAAGUGCUGCGAAGACCUGGAGGAGGUGAAGGACGAGCCCGUCAAGGCCCCUGAGGCCUUCGAUAACUUGGCCAUGGACAAAGAGGCCUGGGAUGGGGUCACCAAGUCUGAGGUGGAUGCCUCAGGCACCAAAACCAUUCCCAGCGUCACAGCCUUGUAGGUAGGGGCUGCCCGGAGGUGGGAGGAGGGCUGCCCAUAGUCCACACGCUCUCCCUCCUGGUUCUUCCUCCAUUUCAGGGGAAUUCCUUCCCCACUGAGAAAUGACUUCCAUCCCAGCUCUCAUUCCCUUGGCCCAGUGUAUCAAGCCCACACAGUAGUUCCAUCCCAGCCCCACGCUCCCUGGGCCUUCGAGGCCCGGGAAGGGGCAAAACAACACUGAAAGAGAACUAGUGAAACCUGGCCAGACAGAUGAUCCCAAUUUCCCCAGCACACAGCUGGGUUGGUCAAUAGGUCUUUUUUUCCCCCUGACCAUCCUCUUCCAAAGGAAAAGCCCCAAGGGAGGAAUUUAAGGCAGGUUCUCAGAGGUGCGUAUUCAGUACACCUUUCUUUAUUAUGAUCCAGCUCAGGCUUCUCUCUUUUACCAAAGACUGGCUUCAACCAAGAGCAGCUGCUCCCUUACAGUCCAAGAGCAGCCCAAUCCAGGGGAAAUGGUGCAAUUGUCUGGUAUUUGGAGAAUAUAUCGUUGUGGCCUUUUCCCCUUCUCAGGGCUCCUCACAUCCCCUGGCAGGGUUUUCAUAAGAGCAGUCCUGGCCCUGAGCUGGCAGGUGGAGGAUGAGUGCUGGGAAUUUGUGGGGAUUUGAGGAACAUUUGAGGGAGAUGGUUCAUCUCUGCCACAAGAGCCUUGGGUGCUUCUUAACCCAGCUAAUUUAAAAACCAAAUCGGUGUAUGUUCUGGCUAAAGCCUAGUGCUGACAAAAAUCACCCCUGCUGAGUCUUCUGGAGUAAGAUAUGCCAGUUCUGAGUCCCCUCCACUCCGUCCCCUGAAGCAUAAAGCACCUGAGCGUAGGACAGCUCUACACCUCUCUCUGCCCCCUGCUCCUUGUACAAAAUGACUCUCUGGGUCAGCUUUCAGUGGUCAGCUUCCAUCCAUACUUCCACCCACCCAUCCAUCCCUCAAAGCCAGAACCUCUUUCCAGACAUUCUCCCAUAGUCCCAUCCAUAAAUGAACUUUGGUUCAUCUGCCCCCUCUCCACGUCUGCAAAGCUCCAAAUUUUUCAUUGAGGGUAGAAACCAGGGCAUGGCUGGACUGCCCACAGAACCGUGAUCAUCAAGUGGCAGUGGGGUGCGUGCAUGUCUGUCGAUCCAAGAAGUGUGCUCCUUCUUGGCCCAGAUGCCUUCUCUGUGCCUUUGAGAGCGCCCGUUGUAUUAUUAUUUACACCUCCUCUUGUCAUUGCUUCUUACCCUCAACAAACCUAGUUCUCCCUGGAAAGUGAGUGAGCUUCAAUCGAGCCUGGGAAAUGGGAUCAAUGCAGCCGUGCUCCCAGACCCUGUCUGUCCCUAUCCUAGCUUCUCAAUCACUUUAGCAGGUUGGGAUGCCGAACUGAGCCUUCCCUGACCUUCCCUGUGUAGAUACUGAGUCCAAAACAGAGCCAUUUAUACUCCUGCAACUGUACAGCAUUUUUCAUAAGUUAUAUAGUAAGUAGUACUGUGAUUUGUGUUAUGUAGCGCUCUCAUUUGGAAACCAGGCCAGGUUCUACUAAGAAAGAUCACCUUUGUAUAUUUUGUAAUACUGCCUUUUAAACGUGCUUCUGCAGCCACACCCACACCACACACCUCUCCAUAAAUGUAAAUAUGUAAGUUAGACCUGGGCCGGGCUGUGGUCCUCUGUACUCUGAUUUUUAAAAAUUGGAUCCUUGUACCUGCGUUGAUUGUAUCUCUCUCUCUUUUUUUUUUUUUUUUUUUUUUUGUUGUGGGACGUGAGAGAAAUAAAAAAGAUAUUCAA